AAGUCUUAUCGCUCGCAAAAGGCAAAACGAAAAAGAAAUUCCAACUGGGAGUAAACUAGUAGUAGUAGUAUUUUGCAAUUGGUAGAUCGAUAUCAUCGGAUGCAUGGCGUGCCGCAUUAAUUUUAGUCUCCGGUGUUCUUCUUCCGAUACGCCGCGUUUCGUGCCCACAUCCCACCCCUUCAAAAACCCUACUCUUCUCCUUCCUCCUUUUAAACCUAACACCAACAAUCCCAUUAAGCUUUCUUUUUCGACUUCUCGGUGGCUGCGGAGGCGGCGAAUGGGCUUUGUGACGGUGAAUUCUCAUAUGGCCACCGAGGAAAAGUCUAUUUCAGAGGAUAGAAUGCUUGUGUUUGUGCCUCCACAUCCUUUGAUUAAGCACUGGAUUUCGGUUUUGAGAAAUGAGCAAACUCCUUGCUCCAUUUUCAGAAAUGCUAUGGCUGAAUUGGGGAGGCUACUUAUGUAUGAAGCUUCAAGGGAUUGGUUGCCUACUGUAACAGGAGAGAUUCAAUCACCAAUGGCUAUUGCUUCAGUUGAAUUUAUCGAUCCAAGGGAACCUAUAGCGAUUGUUCCAAUCUUGAGAGCUGGUCUUGCUCUGGCUGAACACGCGUCAUCCAUUUUGCCAGCUACGAAAACGUACCAUUUAGGGGUAAGCAGAGAUGAAGAGACACUUUUGCCAACAGUUUAUCUAAAUAAGCUGCCUGACAAAUUUCCUGAAGGAUCUCGAGUUUUUGUGGUAGAUCCUAUGCUGGCAACAGGCGGCACAAUUGUGGCAGCACUUGACCUCUUAAGGGAACGUGGAAUUAACAACAAGCAAAUGAAAGUGAUAUCUGCUCUGGCAGCUCCUCCAGCUCUUCAAAAGCUCAGCGAGAGAUUUCCUGGACUUCAUGUGUAUACUGGAAUUAUUGAUCCCACUGUCAAUGAGAAAGGGUUUAUCAUUCCUGGACUUGGAGAUGCAGGAGAUCGGAGCUAUGGUACAUGAGUGUAAAUGGAAACAAGAAAAACAUUAUCCAUAUGUAAUUUUGAUUUUUGGAGCCCAUCACCUAAUUUACAAGGCUUGAGCUAUUCGAUUGGC